AUCGUUUUGAAAAUUUAAAUAAAUAAUAUAUUUUUAUAAAUCAUUUAUUAUGAAAAAAAAAUACAUAAAAUGGAUUAACCAAUCUUUGAAAUUGAAUAAGAAGUUCUUAGCUUAAAUGAUGAAAUAGAAUUAUUGAUGCACUAUUAAAAUUAUCAAAUUUAAUAAAAAUUAUUAAAACAAUAAGAGCCUAAGAUUGAAGAAAGCGAAUUAGAAGUUUAAGUUGAAGUAUUCAAUAAGGUGGAUAUAGACUAAAUAUCAAAUAUAAAUGAGAUUGGUGAUUUUAUUUAAGACCUUUAAUGCCCAAUUUGCCUUAGUAUAAUUGAAGAUCCAAUGAGUUGUAUUCAAUGUGAAUUAAAUUAUUGUGGUUCUUGCAUAAGUGAAUGGUCUACUAAAAAAUCAUAAAACGUUUGCCCUACUUGUAGAAAUAACAAGCAAGUGCUUUUGCUAAAUGGAAAGUAGCAUUUGUAUAAAAAAAGUUCAAUUAUUUUUAAGAAGAUAUUAGAGAAAGUUAAAGUUAAGUGUUACAAAUCUGGUUGUUAAGAUGUAGUUAAAUAUGAUGAAAGAUAAAAUCAUAUUUCAAAAUGUUAAUACUAAUAGGUUAAAUGUCUUAACAAAGGUUGCAAAGAACCAAUAUUGAGAAAAGACCUGUAAGAUCAUUUAUUAGUUUGUUAGUAUAGAAUGGUUCUUUGCAUACAUUGCUAAGAAAGUUACCAUUUCUGCAAAUUGGAUGCGCAUAUAGAAAAAUGUAAUUAUAAUAAAAGAAUAUGCAUAAACUGCAACAAAUAAUUCUAAGCUCACUAUUUUUAGUAUCAUUAAAAAAUAUGCAAAAAGUUUAAUCCUUUAAGAAAAAAAAAUGUCGACUUUGACAUUAGGCUAAAAAAAUAAUUAAUGUAUAAAACUAUUCUCCAAUAUGACUACUAUAGGUCAAAGCUACCUUUAAAUAUAAAUUUAUUAGACACAGAAAAAGUAAAGGGUCUACUACAAAAACAGUGA